AUGUCUCCCCCCUCAAUCUCCCUCACUGCCCCCAACGGCGUAAAAUGGUCUCAACCAACAGGCCUCUUCAUCAACAACGAAUUCGUCUCAUCAUCCAGUUCCCAAACCCUCACCUCCAUCGACCCCGCCACAGAAAAUGAAAUCGCUACCGUCCAAGCAGCAGACGCCCAAGACAUCGACAAAGCCGUCAAAGCAGCCAAAGCAGCCCUGCGCCACUCCUCAUGGAAAGACCUUCCCGCCUCAGACAGAGGCCAACUGAUGGCCCGUCUCGCAGACCUUAUUGAGUCCAAGAGGGAGCUUUUCGCUACUAUUGAUGCGUGGGAUAAUGGAAAGACGUACAUCGAGACUCUCGAGAACGAUCUCGUUGAAGCCGUUGGCGUUAUCCGUUACUACUCCGGCUGGGCUGAUAAGACCUUUGGACAAACUAUCAACACGACGCCUCAAAAGUUUGCAUACACCAUUCGUCAGCCCAUCGGUGUCAUCGCGCAAAUCAUUCCAUGGAAUUAUCCUCUUUCCAUGGCUACGUGGAAACUCGGUCCAGCCCUAGCUUGCGGAAACGCAGUCGUCAUCAAAGCAGCCGAGCAAACACCUCUAAGUCUUUUAGUCCUGGGCGAACUCAUCAAAGAAGCCGGUUUCCCACCUGGCGUGGUCAACAUCGUCAAUGGUCUCGGCAAAGACACAGGCGCAGCCCUAGUGCAACAUCCUCUAGUGGACAAGAUCGCAUUUACAGGGUCUACAGCGACAGCUGCCAACAUCAUGGGCGUAGCAGCAAAGACACUCAAGAACAUCACCCUCGAAACAGGCGGAAAGUCGCCUUUGAUCGUGUUUGACGACGCGGAGAUGGACCAGGCGGUUAAAUGGUCGCACUUUGGCAUCAUGUCCAACCAGGGGCAGAUCUGCACCGCUACAUCGCGCAUUCUCGUGCAAGAGACUAUUUAUGAAGAAUUCAUCAAGAAGUUCAUCGAUACGCUCAACACGGUGAGCAAAGUAGGUGACCAGUGGGACAAGACAACGUACCAGGGCCCGCAGGUAUCAAAGGUGCAAUACGAGCGAAUCCUAGAGUAUAUCGAGAUUGGCAAGAAAGAAGGCGCAACACUCGCAGCAGGCGGCGGUCCCCUCAAGAUCAACAACUCAGACAAGGGUUUCUACAUUUCCCCCACAGUAUUCACCGACGUGAAGCCCUCUAUGCGCGUCUUUCGCGAAGAGAUCUUCGGACCAGUGGUUGUGGUUUCUACCUUUAAGACAGAGGAGGAAGCUAUUGAGCUAGCGAAUGAUACGACGUAUGGUCUAGGUGCUGCGGCGUUUACGACCAACCUUGAAAAGGCGCAUCGAGUCGCUGCGGCGAUUGAGGCGGGAAUGGUCUGGAUUAAUAGUAGUCAGGAUUGUGAUCCUAGGGUGCCGUUUGGAGGUGUUAAGCAGAGUGGGAUUGGGAGGGAGCUUGGUGAGGCCGGGUUGGAGGCGUAUACGCAGAUUAAGAGUGUGCAUAUAAAUAUGGGAAAUAGGCUGUAG